GUCUUGUAUCCUGACCACUGGCCUUCACAGACAUCUCCAGAUCCAGGGACUUGUGCCCCAGCAGGAGAACAGGCUAAUGGGUUCUCUCCUCAGCCCUGAGGCCAAUGCUGAGGUGCCCCGCGAGGCCCUUAGUUUCCAUGGGGACGCCACGGGCGCACAGGUGCUUCUGGAUGACCUGCGGAGCACAGCGCGCAGGCGCUCCACUUUCCACGAUGGUAUCGUGUUCAGCCAGCGGCCCGUCUGGCCCGGUGAGCGUGUAGCUCUGCGCGUGCUGCGACACGAAGAUGGUUGGUGCGGUGGCCUCCGCGUGGGCUUCACGCGCCUGGACCCUGCGCAAGUAGCCGCGUCCUGCCUGCCACCCUUCGUGUGCCCGGACCUAGAGGAGCAGAGCCCCACGUGGGCAGCGUUGCUCCCUGAGGGCUUCGUUCGUGCGGGGAAUGUGGUCUGCUUCUGGGUGAACCGUAGAGGCUGGCUCUUCGCCAAGGUCAACGCUGGCCGCCCUCUCUUGCUACGCAAAGACGUGCUGGUCCAGGGCGCCCCGCUCUGGGCGGUGAUGGAUGUGUACGGGACCACAAAAGCCAUUGAGCUGCUGGAUCCUAAAGCCAACGCCUGGAUCACCAGUGGGGAGCCUGUGCCAGAGACUGAAGUCAUAUCAGGAGAGGAGUGUGUUAUCUGCUUCCACAACACUGCCAACACCCGCCUCAUGCCCUGUGGCCAUUCACACUUCUGUGCUUCCUGUGCCUGGCACGUCUUCAAAGACACGGCCAGGUGCCCCAUGUGUCGCUGGAAGAUCGAGGAGGUGGCUGUAGAGCCUUCACUGAAGACUGGGGAAGGCUCCUGAGAAGAUGACUUCUUGGAGUGUGUGGCAGAUGGAACCUGGCUCUGAGGCAGGCCCCUGCAAAAGGAGAAACCUCUGUCUGGACGUUGGUCAGCAAGCCCAGUCAAGGGCCACCACACCUGAUCUUGCAUCAGCAAGCCUUGUUAGCCAUGAGGAAGGCUCAGUGAACCUUUCCCCAGCAAGAAGUUCUGUGGAGGCUGAUAGGGCACAGAAAAAUCUCUCUGGCCACUUUGGGAAGUCCCAGCAUGGCAGGCUCACCCCUAUGUGACAGCUGAGGACAUAAAGGGAUCUGUCUAUGUCUGGCAAAAGUACCAGAAGCAGGGACAUAUACCAAGGUGAUCUCCUUGCUGAUUUGUGACAUCGCAAAAUAAAGUUUGUUUUUAUAA